UCGCCCGUAAAUUAUCCAUCUUCCUCCUUACUGCCUCUUACUGUUCGCUAUAGUGUUUCGUAAUUACAUAUUUUUAUCUAUCCUACCUUCCCGCUUACCUCGCCCGCUACUUCCUUCCUCACCACCUCACCACCCCUCCUCCCCAUAUCGGCCUUAUAUCCAGCGUACUCUUCAGUCUUAGGGUCCAUCGUAACUAUUAUUACCCCUCCGAGACUCACUUAACCCCGCCCCCCACAACCUCUUCCCCUCCCGAUAUGGACCCUGAAGCACAUAAGGGAUUUCGGAAAUAUACCGGUGAUGCAAUUUCAACACUUUCUUGGGACGCCGACACUGGUACGCAUAUUCCAUUCAGAGCCUCGGUCAGUCACAAACACCGCACAUGGGCAAAAACACAUUUUUCAAAUCCGGAACUGUUCUUGCGGCCCCAGUCAGAGAAAGAGAUUCGUUUGAUUGUUAAUCUUGCUCGGCAAUGCGGAAAGACGAUCGUUGUGGUGGGCUCGGGUCACUCGCCAAAUGAUCUCACCUGCACGUCAUCCUGGAUGGUGAAUCUAGACGGGUUUAAUUCGGUCGUCUUCGAAAAUUGCCGUGAGCUACAGCUCGAGGUCGAGGCUGGAAUUAGGCUCCAUCAGCUUGCGGACGAGUUAGAAAAGCGAGGAUGGGCUAUGCCAAAUCUUGGUAGCAUAACAGCACAAUCCAUUGCGGGAGCUAUUGCCACUAAUACCCACGGCUCAAGCUUGAGGCAUGGCACCCUAUCGCAAGCCAUUGUUAGCCUUACGAUAAUGCUCUCGAGUGGUGAAUCCUUAAGGUGUAGCGCGACAGAAAACGAGGAUCUCUAUCACGCCGCACUGGUUUCACUUGGUGGAUUGGGAAUCAUUACACAUAUAGUUUUCCAAGCUGUGCCAGCUUUCAACUUGGCUUGGAAACAAGAGGUUGUAAUGACUCCCCAAAUCUUGGAUGCUUGGAAAACGGAUCUGUGGACCAGGUCAGAAUUUAUAAGGGUGUGGUGGUUUCCUUACUCUGGACGGUCGAUCCUUUGGUCGGCUGACAAGACAGAGGAACCAUUACGCGAGCGGCCGCAUAGCUGGUACGGUGGAGGGUUAGGGCGGUUUUCAUACGAACUUGCACUUUACUUCUCCACUUGGCUCCCAUGGUUGACCCCCAUUGUAGAGAGAUACGUCUUUUCUCUGCAGUAUAGAUGGGAGGUAGGACCGAGUGGUUCAGCUGUCCAGAAAAGCCAUGAGGCACUUACAAUGGACUGUUUAUUUCCACAACUUGUUAAUGAGUGGGCAAUUCCUUUAGAAAAAGGGCCAGAAGCAAUUCAACGCCUGCAGACAUGGCUAGAUGGGGAUAAGGGCGACAAAAGCGGCAUCCCGUUCUCCCCGAAAGGAAUAUACGUGCACGCACCAAUUGAGGUCCGGGUCGCCGACACCACCCUGCAGGCUAAAAAGCCUUGGCUCGAUCAGAGCUGUCAGACAGGCCCAACGCUCUACCUGAAUGCCACGCUGUACCGGCCGUUCCUCAGGAACCCACCAGAGUGGGAGCGGUACUACAAUGCUUUUGAAUGGCUGAUGAAAGACCUUGGUGGGAGGCCUCACUGGGCGAAGAAUUUUAUAUCCACGUCCAAGGAGGAAUUCUGGGGCAUGUAUCCCAAGAUGAAGGACUGGGUAGAGCUCAGGAACACCGUUGAUCCUCACCGCAUGUUCGCGAAUGACUGGCUGAAGAAGAACCUACUGAAGGACGAAGAGGACACCGAGAUCACACAGAUCAAGGAGCGGCUCAAGAAGCUCUAA